AAAUAAAUAUAAAGUGAAAAAAAAGAGGGAAAAAAAGGGAUUUGAUGGGUAAAAACAGGAAGGGAAGGAUAGAACGAGUUAGGAGAAGCAAAAUAUCGAAAAAAGCGGGAGUUUUGGAGAAAAAUGGAGCAUUAAAAAGGGUUAAUAAGAAAAUGAAAAAAAAAAAAGAAAUAAACAAGAAAAAAGAUACAAAAAAUAGAUAUUAUAGAGAAGAUUAUAAAGAGGAAGAAUUGCCAUAUGAAAAGGUGCAUCGUAGUUUUGGUCAGAAAGAAGAUUUAUUAGAUACAUUUAGAUUGCCAAUCAAAACAAAGGAUGGACAAAUUUAUUUAAGAAAAGGGAAAAAUAGAAUAGAAGAGGCAUCUAUAGAAUCAUCAGAUACAUUUAAAGUUAAAAAUGAGGAAAAAGAUGUAAAAAUAGAAAAAGAGGAAGAAAAGGAUAUAAAAGAGAAAUUGGCAUCAAUAGCACAAAUAAUUAUUGAAAACCCAGAGGAAAAUAUUGAGCAAUUGAAAACAUUGUAUGAUAUGACAAUGUCAGAUACGAUAUCUAUUCAACGUUUGGGAUUAUUAACACAACUUGCAGUGUAUAGAGACAUUAUACCUGGAUAUUCUAUUCGUCCAUUAACAGAAAUAGAAAAAGCAUCUUCAGUCUCUAAAGAGAUAAAGAAGCGCCGUUUAUUUGAAGAAUCAUUAGUUUCUAAUUAUAAGGAAUAUGUAUCUCUUCUAUCAAGAACAAUUAAAGAUGGAUAUAAGUUUCCAGAGAAAUCACAACAACAAUUCCUUUCUAAUAUAUCAUUUUCAUGCAUUUGUCAUUUAUUACUUUCAGUACCUCAUUUUAAUUGUAGAGAUAUGCUUUUAGACAUAAUUUCUACUAAAUUAACACUGAAAAAGACAGAUAUUUCAUUUAAUGAGUGCAAAAAAACAAUAGAAGAGAUAUUUAGGAAUGAUAAACAAGGAAAAAUAAGCUUAGAAAUAGUGAAAAAAUUAACAAUUGCUAUAAAAAGAAGGAAUUAUAAUAUCAAUGACACAAUCUUGAACAUUUUUUUGGAAUUGGAAUUCCUUUCACAAUCCUACAUAACAAUAGAGAAAGAAGUAACUAAUACUCGCAAAAGAAAGCAUGAAAAACCAUUUAUGAGCAAAAAAAUGAGAAAACUAGAGAAGGAAAAAAAAGAAAUAGAAAAUGAAAUGGAUAGUGUCAAAAGAAAUAAUCAAGAAAAAGUAAAGAUUCAAGGAGAAAUAUUAAAAUUAAUAUUUACAACAUAUUUUCAAAUAUUACGAAAUGGUUUAAUAGAUCAUAUAUACGCUUCUUUAAGAGGCUUAGAAAAAUUUUCUUAUCUUAUUAAUGUUGAUUUUUUUGAAGAUUUAUUAAAAUCAUUAAAGGAAUUGUUAGAAAAUACAUUUAGUGUCAGUCUUAACAUAUCAAUAAAAAAUAAUACAAAGGGAGGUCUUUUAUGCAUAGUUGUUGCUUUAAAACUACUUUCUCAACAAGCUCAAAUGAAAGAAAUUAUAAAUCUUGAUUUAUCAGCAUUUAUUUUUCAUUUAUAUUCAAUUAUGAUUCCUAUGUCUUUAAAUACAUAUAUAGAAGCAGAUGCUAUUUAUAAAUCAAAAAAACAGGAGAAUAAUGUAUCAAAUAAUGACAAUUCAUUUACUGGAUUAAGUGAAAUAGAAAUAUUAGAAGAAUGUUUUGAUUAUAUCUUUUUUCAAGAUAAGAACAUGAACGUAUUAAGAGCAGCUGCUUUUAUAAAGCGUCUUUUCACAGUCUUACUUGGAUUUCCUGAAAAAUCUGUUAUAAAAUCUUUAAAUUUAAUACAAAAACUGAUCAAAAAGCAUCCUAAACUUAAUUGUUUUUUAAAUUCUAAUGAAAAACAUGGAGAAGGAAUAUAUAAUGGAGAAAUUGAUAAUCCUGACUUAAGCAAUCCUUAUUUAAGUACAUGUUGGGAACUAGUUUUACUAAAGAAACACUAUUCACCUACAAUAUCUAGCAUUGUAGACAAACUGCUUUGCAGUUAGGAUGAAUAAGAUCAAUUAUAUAAUAUUUUCGAAAUAUUGUACUACA